AGCUAUUCCGCUCCAAUGUCUUGGCAUGGCGCUUCUAAACCCAGUUACCCUUUUACACCUUGACAUCUCCAGAGUAUCACAAUACAAAUCCCCCCAAAGCUAGGUAUAGGCGAAAGAUAUAUCAUCAAAGAAUUAUCGGAGACCCCAAGCGAACGGCAGCAACGGCGGCGGCGGCGACAGCUCAUUUUAGCUACAAUGGUUCGAGCAAUCAAAGGAACCUUGGUAGAAUGCGACCCUUCUAUCAAAUCGAUUAUCAUUAAUAUCGAUAGCGACAAGAAUGACUACAUAAUCGAGGACCUCGAUGAUUCCCAUCUCUUAAUAAAGGAUGUCAUGCUUGCUCAGCUCAAGUCCAAACUAGAGGACAGACUCAAGGAGACGGUCCCUAUUAUAGACAACGAUGACUCGGGCUCUGAUCGAGAUGUUAAGAAAUAAAGUCAUGCAAUUGAACUGUGCCACUUGGCAACAUCCCCUUUUUUGAUUUCAGCAACCGUCUAUCGCGGAACCGGUCGCGAGUACUCAGUACACGGGCUACUGUCUAAAGCUUGGUCGACGUGACCGCGCAAGGAUCCUCGUUAACCUGUAAGGCAUUCUAUGUUGUACUACUAAGGAACGCAUCAGGAGACCCCAAACUAGACUAAUAGAUAUUUCAUAAUACCCAUAUGACAUACAGCCUCUUAAUUUCACAGCUUCUCAAACCUUGGUUUUGUCUUCUUGAUUCCUGAGAGCAUGGCAGUUGAUACAUCAUUUGACUGAAGCAUUGCUGCAUUCCAAACGCCGGUGUA